CAAUAUUUUCUAAACUUUUUGUAGACAUACAAACAUUUUGGGAUAAUGCAUAUUUUUAAAUAUAUAUAAUAUUGUUUAAAUUGUAUAACAGUUGCUAUUUAUGUUGCGUAGACAAUAUAAACUCGUAGACGAUAUAAGCCAUAAACAAUAUAAAAAUGUAAAUGGGAUACUGAUGAUGCAACACACGCUUUGGCGCCUUCUUGCUAUCACAAGACAAACACCUGUUGGUCGUAAUACUAUAAUGGGACAUUCGUCAUCUCAAAAAGUGUUGUGGAAGGGCGUUUAAUAGUCUCAGAGAGAAACGAGGAGGUAAAUGUCAAGACGAAGAUGAAGUAAUUCGACUUAAAUCCCACCUUUCGGUCAACUUCGACAGCAGCCCUUUGCGAAUCAUGGCUCUAUGAAUGUGUGCAAAGAUCCCAAGGAAGAAGUCCUUUGGAGCUUUUUCUGUGAAUUUGUUCAUAUUUUGGUUAAUGGAGUUUUCUGUGAGCAAAUAUUACUUGUCUAGUUAAGUGACACGACAUGACAAUUUGGUUACAACUGUAGCCUAUACAUUUUGACAUAUUCAGAUCCGUUUAACUGAGCUAACAUUAGCCACCCCCCCCCCCACCAUAAUGGUGGAUAUUUUGCUAAAUUGAGUGAAAACGACUUGUUUUAACAGUCACGAGGUAAAUAAAUAAAUAAUUUAUGUGAGAGAUACUUCCAUUUUUUGGAGAGAACUUUAAACAUUCCAGAACAUUUACCUUCAGUCAUUAUCACUUGAAAUUUGUAUAGGCUAGUUAACUCAUAAUGGGGAUUUGACUAAUGUACUAUAUAUGUGUCUGAAAAACUCAACUAGUCAAGUUAACUUGGUUUAAAUAACUUUUACUGGGAUACGUCUUCUAUCAGAGAGGUGUCACAGCAGCAGCAUUGGGUUUGAGAGUUUGUGGUUGUGCUGCCACUAGAGAGCAGUCUCUACAUCACCUUAUGUAAUCACGUGAGAGUGACCUUGUGUUGGUAUACUAAGCAAUGUUUCUGACCCACAGUGACCUGGAUAAUUGCCUCUGGCCCACAUAGUGUUCUCCAUCCUGCACAAACUUCCAUGUUCCUUUCUCAGUUUGCUGAUGAGAGGAAGUAGACUCCAGUCCUCCUCCACACACUGAUUCUGUUAAGCGUAGGAUGGGACUGACUUUGACCGACAAAUACAACUCGAUACUUCUCACACUGGAAUUGGUUUGGUUGUUACAGGCAGCGUGUGCUGGAGGAACAUGUGAAAACGUAUUUAAAGGUUUCUCAGACUGCCUGCUCAGUCUUGGAGAAAACAUGGUGAACUAUCCCCAAGAGCUGGAUGACAGCAAAAACCUACAGACCAUCUGCUCAUAUUGGGAUGACUUCCACUUGUGUGCCUCCACCGCUAUCGCAGAUUGUCAAGAAGGAGCUACAGACCUCUGGGAAAAACUGAAACUGCAGUCCCAGAGCUUGAACUAUCAGGGAAGUUUGUUUGAAUUAUGCUCCGGGGAUAAUGGAGUAUCCACACUUUUAUUACCUAUGGAACUGAAGAUACUGCUGAUGUGUUUUACCACACUGGUGGCUUGGCUUGCUUUAGAGUAAUAAACCCGAAGAUCUGUCCUGAAACAAGUUACAGAAUGGAUAAUAUGCAUCCUUGUCUCUCUUCAGCUGACUCAGUACAUGUUUUGAUUCACAUGAUAUGAUGAUUAUGGUAAAUAUAGGACUCGUUGGCACUCCUUGACCUAUGGAAGAAUUCAGAAGUAACUCUCUUAAAUGGGUCUUAGGUCUUUAAAAAAAAAAAAAAAAUCGGAAAACGAUUCAGUAAAAAGUAAAAAUGUGAAUUAUAUUAUAUUACAUUAUAUUAUAUAAAAAAAUAUAUUAUAACAAUUUCUUCUUGGACCGUUAAUAGGUAAAAACAGUGCAUUCUACAAUGAGGACCAAUAAUUAGAAUUAUUAUUAUUAUUUAAAGCACACAUAAAAUACAUAUUAUAUCAUAUUAUUUUAAUACAGUAUAGGAUAAUGGCAUUUACUUGUAAAUGUAUACUUAUAAAUUAAAAAGGCA